AUGGCCAUCCCUGCCGCUAUCUCGUCCAGGACUACGUUUCCCAGCGGCUCUUCCCGGGGCUGCACAUGCUCGAUGCGGCUCCCGGCUCCUCCCGGCAGCUCCCGGCGCGGCGCCCGGUGCGGCGCAGGGGCGCGGUGCGGUUCCCGGUUGUCGGUUCCCGGUUGUCGGCUCCCGGUGCGGCUCCCGGUGCCAUCGGCGGCGCGGCGCUGCCCGGGGCGGUUCUCGGGGCGGUUCCCGGUUCCCGGGGCGGCCCCGCGGGCCGGCAGCAUGCCCCGCGGGCGAGCCUGGACGCAGGCGGAGGUCAGCAGCCUCCUGUCGCUGGUGGGGGGCUCGGGGGAGGCCGCGCUGCUCAUGGCCUCCACGUCGCGACCCAACGAGGCGCUCUGGCGGGAGAUCUCCCGGGGUCUGGCGGCGGCCGGCUACGGGCGCAGCGUGGCCCAGUGCCGCUCCAAGUGGAAGGCGCUCAAGCAGGCUUUCCACUCGGAGCGGGAGACGCGCCGGAGGGCAGGACACCACUCGCCCCGGCUGCCGCCGCACUAUCGAGCCAUGAAGAGCAUCUGGAAGGCGGCCGGGCGGCCCGUCUUCGGCGAACGGAGGAUGCCAGACGUGGUGAAGCUGCCCUCCAGAAAGCGCAGGUCAGCCCUUGCCACACGCUCUCCAUCCUCAUCAGAGGCACCAGGUAACCGUGGCACACUGCUGUCUCCGAUGCUGCAGCGUGCGAAGGACGAGCCAGACACUCGCUGUCACACUGACCCGAAGCAGGAAGGAUUUGAGGGGAAGGCCGGUUCCGUGACAGGUUUUCCUGCUGAGACAUCCCUGGGGAUGGGAAGAGGAAACCAAAUGCUGCCCCUGGCUGUUGCAGCCACAGGCUCCCAUGAGACAGCAGCCACCAGUGAGCAGCCAGCAACAGCUGAAGAUGCAUCAGACACAAGCCUGCAUGGGUCUGGCGUGGCAGGCUUGCUCCAGAAUGUCCAGCAACUGCUGGUGCAGAUCCUGCAGACAUCUCGGCGGCAGCAGGCACUACUGGAGAGCCUGGCCAGCGACACAGUCUCCCACCUCCACCUCCUUUCCCACAGCCUCGUGCAGGUGGGCGAGACCCUGCACCAACUCCUGCUCCGGCCACAGAUCCAUCCUGGCCCCAUUGGCCACUACAUCCCCCAUAUGCCCCUUUCUGAGGAUGGCUCUGGAGUGCCCUGCUCCCCUGGUGCUCCCCACACUUCCCUGGAUCACAAAGAGGAGCCUCAGCUGUCCCCCGAUGCCAGGUGCAUCACCCCAUGAGUGCCACCAUCACUGGCCACAGGAGCAACAGCUUUGCUACACAGCCACAGCACAGA